AUGGGCUUUGGAGAUUUGCGAUUUUCAAUCUGGGUUGUGUUCGUGUUGUGUUUGGUAUACUUUUCUGUUGGAUUUGAUCCUGUUGAUAAAUACUAUAUAAAUUGUGGAUCCUCUAGUGAUGUUACUGUGGGUAAUACCAUUUACCUUUCUGAUAAAUCUGCUUCCAAAUUCCUGUCAACCCCACAAGAUAUAUUGGCUGAUAGCAAUUUGAAUAGCAUCACCCGGUCUGAGGAUUCUCAGCUGUAUCGGACUGCUAGAAUAUUUACUGGACCGUCGAAGUAUACAUUUUCGAUUGGCCAGAAUGGGAGGCACUGGAUCCGGCUAUACUUUUAUCCAUUUGUUUAUCAGAAUUAUGAUAUGAAGUCAGCUAGUUUUUCUGUUUUCUCCCAAACGACUGCACUUGUUAGUGAUUUCAGUUCUAAGAAUGUUACGGUUAAAGAAUUUUCAGUCAAUAUAACGUCUGGAGAUCUUGUAAUCACCUUUUCCCCUUCAAGUAAUUCGUUUGCAUAUAUUAAUGCUGUGGAAGUUGUCUCGGUACCGGAUUCCCUCAUUGUGGAUGAUGCCUCUCUUUUCAAUCCAUCGGGGGCAUUUAAUGGCCUGGUGAAUCAGGCUCUUGAGACAGUUGCAAGGGUAAAUAUGGGUGGACCAUUUGUCUCAUUAGGGAAUGACACGUUGGGGCGAACAUGGGUGUCUGACCAAAGUUUCUUGCUACGACCAAACCUUGCCACAAAUGCGUCUAAGAUUUCAGCUGUUAGGUAUCCGGCAGGGGGUCCAACGCCAGAUAUUGCUCCACCGACUGUGUAUGGAACAUGCACAAAGAUGGACUCCGGAAGUGAUCCCAAUAGCAAUUUCAACGUGACAUGGGCUUUUAGUGUGGAUCCGGGGUUUCAAUACUUGAUUCGGUUGCACUUUUGCGACAUAGUGAGUACAGCGGCUAAUCAACUGGUCUUUAAUGUUUAUAUUGAUUCAUUCCUUGUUGCUCAGGAUCUUGAACUAAGUACAAAAACCAAUGGCCAGUUGGCCACUGCAUAUUAUAUGGACUUUGUCACCACAUCAUUUGAUAAAAGUAACCUCAAUCUAAGUAUUGGCCCAUCUUCUCUGAGUGCUUACCCUGAUGCCCUUUUGAAUGGAUUGGAGAUUAUGAAAAUAAACAAUUCUCGAGGUAGCCUUGCUGGGGCACCCAUUCUACCAACAUUUCCAGGCUCCAAGAAGAAAUUGGGAGUGAUUGUGGGUGUUAGCGUUGGCGUGCUACUUGUUUUGGUGAUGAUUGGCAUCCUAUUGUUCAUGCACAGAAGAAGAAAACAAGAACGCCUUCGCCAUUCAAGAGCCUGGGUUCCUAUAUCCAUCAAUGGAGGAACUACCAUGGGAAAUUCCCUCAGGAAGUUUGGAGAAACCGCUGAGAAAUGCUUGGCUGAUUUUGGGGUGGACAGGCCGUCCAUGGGAGAUGUAUUGUGGAAUCUUGAGUAUGCUCUUCAACUUCAAGAGACAACAGUUCACAAUGAUCCCGAGGAGAACAGUACCAAUGUCAUUGGCCAUCUCUCUCCACAAGUUGGUGAAUUCAAUCAUGUUGAUGCCAGCCCUUCCGUUGCCCAAUUUGAAACAUCAAGUGUAGAUGAUCUUUCGGGUGUUUCAAUGAGUCGAGUUUUCUCACAACUAGUGAAGUCCGAGGGUCGAUGA